AAGCGUAAAUUCGCGAAUUUCCAGGGAUCCGUUUAACCCGGGUUUCCUUGCCCGGGAUUGUCGCUGUAUCGAUUCAUCCAAAACAAAUCACACGAUAAUAUAAAUCCUCGCUCGACAAGGACUUACAACACCAGUAGCUCAAGUCGGCCAGACAGUGAUCGGUGAGAGAGAGAGAGGCGAUUCUAGGGUUAAUAUUGUUGCAGGUGUAGAAAGCCAUACGAGCAGAAGAAAUAGCUUGAAAUUAGCUAUGAAAUUUCAUUGUCGAAUCGUGUAGAACAAGAUAUGCCGGGGAUUCCAUUGGUGGCUCGUGAAACCUCCUCAAUCAGCGAUCAGAUGUGCCGUGAAGAAUCUCGGUUGCAUUUAUCUGAAGAAGAGGAGAUUGCAGCAGAAGAGAGUCUCUCGAUUUAUUGCAAACCUGUGGAACUCUAUAAUAUUCUUCAACGACGGGCUGUGAAAAACCCCUUGUUUCUUCAAAGAUGUUUGCGUUAUAAAAUACAGGCAAAGCACAAAAGGAGGAUACAAAUGGCAAUUUCCCUGUCCUGGAAUCUGAAUGAAGGUGUACAGUCUCAUUGUCUCUUUCCUUUGUACAUUCUCUUAGCAAGACUAGUUUCUGGCACUGGAGUUAUGGAGCAUGCAGCAGUAUAUCGCUUUAGUCGAGCAUGUCUGUUGACCAGUUUCACUGGAGCUGAGGGAAGCUCUCAAGCUCAGGCAAAUUUUGUUCUUCCUGAGAUUAAUAAGCUGGCAUUGGAGGCCAAAACUGGCUCACUUGCUGUAUUGCUAGUUAGUUUUGCUGGAGUCCAAAGCUCUCAGUGUGGAUUCAACUUAGCCAACAGUCCGUUGGAAAAUAUUGGAGGACAUUGCCUACUGGGGAAGAUACCAUUGCAUUCAAUCUGUACGUUAUGGGAAAGGUCCCCAAAUAUGAAUCUGGGGCAGAGAGUGGACCUGAUAUCAUCUGUUGACAUGCACUCUUGCUUCUUGAAGUUGAGUUGUCUAGCUGAGGAUAAACGCAUUUCAAUCCAAAUUCCCUCUAAUUCUGCAGCUAUGGACAUAUCAAAGCAAGUGCAAAUCACCAUUUCUGCUGAGGAGGCUGGGGCAAAGGAAAAUUCCCCUUAUCUCUCAUACACUAGUAUUGACAUUUCUUCAUCGUCUAUGUCUCAUAUUAUGAGGUUGAGGGCUGGCAAUGUAGUCUUCAACUAUAGAUACUAUAAUAACAAGUUGCAAAAGACAGAAGUAACUGAAGACUUCUGCUGUCCAUUCUGCUUGGUAAAAUGUGCAAGCUUUAAGGGUCUGAGGUAUCACUUGCCUGCAUCGCAUGAUCUCUUCAAUUUUGAAUUUUGGGUUACUGAAGAAUAUCAAGCUGUAAAUGUAUUGGUGAAAACUGAUAAUUGCAGAUCUGAGAUGCUUGCAGAUGGUCUUGAUCCUAAGAACCAAACCUUUUCCUUUUGUUCUAAACGACUCAGACGUCAAAGACUGAGGAACAUAGCCCAAAAUCCCAAGUACGUAGAUUCCCUUGUCUUGGAGUCGAAUUCACAUGCAGGAGGCAGUGACCUUGUUGACAAGUCUAAUGGCGGAAAUGGUUUUCCAAAUGAUAGCACUUGUACCGUGGAUUGUGCAGAACAUGUUCCUUCAAGCUUACAUGUUGCUAGAGUUUGUGGUGCUGCAGUACAAUCUUAUCCCAAUCAUGAAUGUGGCCAAUCAAUAUCUGGACAAGGUCUUGGAUCCACUGGCAUGCUACAAUUUGCAAAGACCAGAAAAUUAUCUAUUGAACGGUCCGACUCAAGAAACCGUACUCUCCUGCACAAGCGACAGUUCUUCCACUCACAUAGAGCUCAGCCCAUGGCAAUAGAGCAAGUAAUGUCUGAGCGAGAUAGUGAGGAUGAAGUUGAUGACGACGUUGCAGAUUUUGAAGAUCGACGGUUGCUCGAUGAUUUUGUGGACGUGACCAAAGAUGAGAAGCAAAUGAUGCAUAUGUGGAACUCUUUUGUGAGGAAGCAGCGGGUGCUGGCAGAUGGUCAUAUUCCUUGGGCUUGUGAGGCAUUUUCGAGAUUGCAUGGUCGUGACCUUGUCCAAGCCCCAGCUGUGAUUUGGUGUUGGAGGUUGUUUAUGAUCAAACUAUGGAAUCACGGUCUCCUUGAUGCACGCUCUAUGGACAACUGUAAUAUUAUUCUUGGACAGUACCAAAAUCAAGAGUUGAAUUCAACUAGAAAGUAGAGGGUAAUUUUCCUUCCCUUCUCAUAUCAAAUAUGUGCUUGAUUUGAUAAGUGCAUUAGAUUAGCAGGCAUGAAGGUACAACACUUUUCUUCUUCUUUAGAAAGUUGCGACAUAUAUCCAAAAUUUUCAGAUAUGACAAUUUCUUUGGACCAACUCCAAAAUGAAUAUGUUCUCUCUUGGUCCAUCUUUAUAAAAUAGGUUGACCAUAGAUGUUGCAUUCAUGUUUAUAUUCAUCAGGAGAGCAGAUUAAGUUCCAAAUUCAUUUCUUUA